UUCAUGGUGACAAAAGCAGAGAAGAGUUGUAACUGACUGACCACCAUUUAGAGUCUCCAUAGUGCGUUAGCAUUUUGUUGCGUACGGUACUAUAUUGCGCUUUACCUGCAUUUGCUUUGCACUUAGGCCUUUGGCAAAGAAAGCCAACCAAUUUACCUUUCACACCAAAGCUACCUGACACGUUCUCUCAUUCUCUCUCUCUCUCUCUCUUCUUCUUUUUUUCUUGAAAUAAAGAAACGGUGGAAGAUACAGCCAUAGACUCAGCUAGACCAUAUAUAGAUUGUCCACACACGUACAAUUCUCUAUGUUUUUUGCAUAAUCCAAAGUCGUAUACCUCGAAAUCUUGACCGUUUGUUAUCUGGGUAUUCUUUGGUUUUACACUUUACUUCACUGUAAACGAGGAAUGCUGAGAUUGGAGUGAUCACUGCGCUGUUAUUUACUAGUACCUUUUUGCGUUGGCAUUGAACUCGUUCAAGUUUCUUGCUAAAGUCAAUGAACUGAAACACUUUGAUGAAAGUCUGACUCUGAUCAUCUCUAUUGAAAGCAAUUCAAUCUAGUCUAUUUUUGGAAUGAUUUGACAGAAUUCAAAACAUGAAUACCAGAGUCAGAACUUCGCUUCAGUCUAUGAAAGCUCCUAUGAAACAAGAAAAAGAGAAGCUGGAUAUGCAGAGGAGAAAGCAAAAUGAUGCUGCAAAAGCUACCAGGAGUCGACGGGCUUCCAGCGAGGAAAGAAAAAUUGCUUUGCAGCAAGAUGUUGAUAAGCUUAAGAAGAAGCUUAGGCACGAAGAGAAUGUUCACAGAGCUUUGGAGAGGGCUUUCAACAGACCUUUAGGAGCUCUACCUCGUCUUCCCCCUUAUCUCCCUGCUAAUACAUUGGAGCUUCUGGCUGAGGUGGCUGUCUUGGAAGAGGAAGUGGUUCGGCUUGAAGAACAAGUUGUGCAUUUUAGACAGGACCUGUAUCAGGAAGCUGUCCACAUUUCAUCCACAAAAAGAAGUGUAGAGAAUUCAGCUGAUUCAUAUGCCCCAUACCCCUCUAAGAAUCACAAAUCGGAGCAAGGCAAGUUCUCAACUCAAAAUGUGGUUGAUUCCGCUGCCUCCCUACGGAGGCAUAAACCGUCUCUUUCUGAUGAUGGUCGGGGAAAAGAGGACCAACCAUGUACUAAUUCAACAAGGAACCAAAAGGGAUCCUCAAUGCAUAAAUCUCAAACAACUAAAACUCCAGUUAAGAAACCUAUCAUAAGCCAUAUAUCAGCAGAGAAGCGGUUAAAUCCUCAGAAUUUACAACUAGAACGCAGAGUAAAAGACCAAGCAAGUCUAGAAGGGGAAACUCUUGAUGAAAGACUCAGACUGUCAGACAAUGACAGCCCAAACAGAAUUUCUGAAAAUAUUGUGAAGUGCUUAUCAAGCAUUCUCCUAAGAUUGAGUUCUACGAAAAAUCGAAAUAGUGCAGAAAAUUUACCCCCCUUUUCAACAUUAGCAGCUCGAGAAAGCAGUGAAGAAACAAAUUAUUGGGACCCUUAUGGUAUUUGUUCAGAAUUUGGAAAGAGAGACAUUGGUCCAUACAAGAAAUUAUGUCAAAUUGAAGCUGGGUCAAUCAAUCUCAACCGAACAGCAAAUUCUAUGUUUCUACUUAGCAGAUUAAAACUACUUCUCGGGAAACUUGCCUCUGUCAACUUAGAAAGCCAUACCCAUCAGGAGAAGCUUGCAUUCUGGAUAAACAUUUACAAUGCCUGCAUGAUGAAUGCAUUCCUAGAAUACGGCAUACCAGAAAGUCCUGAGAUGGUUGUUGCUUUAAUGCAGAAGGCAACAAUAAAUGUGGGGGAGCACUUGCUAAAUGCAAUAACUAUCGAACAUUUCAUCCUGAGAUUGCCUUACCACUCAAAAUAUACAUUUCCAAAGGGAGCAAAAAAUGAUGAGAAGACAGUGAGAAGCAGAUUUGGAUUAGAGUUAUCUGAGCCGUUGGUGACAUUUGCGCUAUCCUGUGGAAGCUGGUCCUCACCUGCUGUGAGAGUGUAUACCGCAUCUCAGGUUGAGAACGAACUGGAAGUGGCUAAAAAAGAGUUCUUACAGGCUGCAAUUGGAGUUUCAGCUACAAAGUUUGCAAUCCCAAAGUUGUUGGAUUGGUAUUUACCUGACUUUGCAAAGGACUUGGAGUCAUUGCUUGAUUGGAUCUGCCUUCAGUUACCAAAUGAACUUGCCAAAGAAGCAAUUAAGUGCCUUGAGAGUGGAAAAAAAGAACUUCUUUCACAGUUUGUCCAAGUUAUGCCAUAUGAGUUCAAUUUUAGGUACCUGUUAUACACAUAAUAAACUCUUGCUUCGAUUAAAUUCUUUAUUGCUUGGGUUUUAAGGGCUUUCAGGUUACAAUUUUGUUAUAGACAGCUACAGAAUGUGUAUGUGAGCUAGAUGUAUAUAUGGUCUCAUUGUAAGAAGUAUUGAGAUGAGUGAUCUCUUCCACUGAGGGGUUCUGCAUGUACCUAUGGUUUGUGAAGAGUUAGUUUUAGACCAAAAAUCAAAUAAAUAAAAAAGUAUGUUCCUGAUUCAA